AUGUCGACUCCCGACUGGAUCCAAUUCGGCAUGCCGACGCUCGAUCGACCCUUUGGGCUACAGCUGUGGCCCAUUUUCGAGAAGGUGUACGAAUCCGCCGUCGGGUACAAGCCGCAGGACUUCCGAUUCAUCCCCGGCGUCACGGCCAUUUCCACCAUCAAAGCAUGCGCCGCGAUACUUCUCUCUUACUACAUUGUAAUCUUCGGGGGGAGGGAGCUUAUGCGCGAUCGCCCAGCUUAUAAGCUGAGCUUCUUGUUCAAGCUGCACAACUUUUACCUCACCGCUAUCAGCUUCAUUCUGUUGGUGCUUUUUGCGGAGCAGUUGAUUCCUAUGGUGACAAGGAAUGGUAUUUUCUUUGCGGUCUGUGAUCAUAAGGGUGGGUGGACGGAUAAGAUGGUGGUUCUGUAUUAUCUCAACUACCUCACCAAGUUUGUCGAGUUGAUUGAUACUUGCUUUCUCUUCUUGAAGAAGAAGCCACUGACCUUCCUCCACACCUACCACCAUGGCGCCACUGCCCUCCUCUGCUACACCCAGCUCAUCGGCAAUACGUCUGUCUCGUGGGUCCCGAUCGUACUGAACUUGAUGGUUCAUGUUGUUAUGUACUGGUACUACUUCCAGAGCGCUCGCGGCAUCCGCAUCUGGUGGAAAAAGUAUAUCACCAUCAUGCAAAUCACCCAAUUCGUUCUCGACCUCGGCUUCGUCUACUUCGCCUCCUGGACCUACUUCACCUCCACCUACUGGCCCUGGCUCCCCAACAUGGGCAAGUGCGCCGGAGAGGAAUUCGCUGCCAUCGCCGGCAUCUGCAUCCUCUCGUCAUACUUGCUGCUCUUCAUCUCCUUCUACUUCGCGACCUACUCCAAGCCGGUGCCCAAGGGUCGUCGUAGGGCUACGAGCGCGCUGGUGGAGAUGAAGGAUGAGAAAGUGCCGACGGUUGGUGAGGCCAGACGUAGAUUGUCCCAAGGUGCGCAUGCGCUUGCUAAUGUGGGCGUGAACGCGACAGGUGCGGCGGCGAAUGGUACUACGAAUGGACGGGUGACGAGAAGCAGGAAGGCGUAG